UUAACCUCCCUGGCGGUAUUCCUGAGUGUAAUUUGGGGUAAAGUUUCAGUACCACAAGCGGUAACCCCCCCGAGCUACACUCCUGCUUACCCAUGCGGCGCUGCUCCGGAAUCCCUCGAUCACUUACCUUGUCCUGUGCUCCCGCGAUGUCCCUCCUGCAGUGUCCCCUGUAAUGUCCUCCGGGCGAUGCCGGCAUCUGUCAUCUGGGUUCCGUCCCCUGCGAGCAUCGGGACGUACGGGGGACGGAACUGGCGGGAAAUUUGAAAAUGACAAAAAGUGACAUUCACUAAAUUCACUAAAAUCACAUAGUAAAACAUUCCUGUAUCAAACUGUUUCACAUACAU